AUUGAAGAAGACUUGAAACUUGCGACUGAGACCAUAAACUCAUUAGGACAGUGUUUAAUGUGGUAAUAAAUGAAAAAUAGGUUCACUUUAUCAGUAGGUCAAAUGCAAUCGGAAUUCAGAAGACUCGCCCCCUGCUGGCCAUUCGAAAGAAUGCCGGUUUAAGGCACUUCAACAUUGACUUGACUGUUCAGACCUGGUAACAGCUGCUUGGUAAAGUCAACAUGUUGAUUAUGCUCUUAAUACAUGCUAAUUAGUGAGCUUUAGUGCUGCUGCUAUGGAUUUCUUUACCCUUUCACAGAGCCAGGCUAGCUGUUUCCCCCUGUUUCCAGUCUUUGUGCUAAGCUAAGUUAGAGUAUCUGGCCGCUGGCAGUAGCUUCAUAUUUACCGUAUAAACACGUGAGUGGUGUCAAUCUUCUCAUCUAACUCUCAGCAAGAAAGCAAAUAAGCAUAUUUACCAAAAUGCCAAACUAUACCUUUAUAUUUUAACAGGUUAGCUGUUUUAGUAACGUGCAGGGUGCAGUAAUAUUAAGAAUCUUUUUCAUGUGUCUGACAAUGUGUAGAGUUAUGAAAUAAAUACAAAGUGGUUCUGAUAAACCAUAUUUCAUGUUGUAGUGUGUGUCACGGCCAUUUACAUUCCACUGAUGCUCUUCGGCCUUCUGGGAAAUAUAUUAACAAUUCUGGUGGUUUGGCUCCGACCUCACAUGAGAAGUUCUACCUACCUCUACCUGAGCAGCAUGGCUGUUAGUGAUCUGUUGAUACUCCUACUGCUACCUCUGGAUCUGUAUAAGCUCUGGAGGCCCAGGCCCUGGCCCUUAGGAGACCUUGCCUGUAAGAUGACGAUGUUCCUCUCAGAGUGCUGCACCUUCUGCACCAUCCUCCACAUCACCUUCCUCUCCCUAGAGAGGUACCUGGCGGUCUGCUGGCCAAUCACUGCCAAGACCCUGGUGACGCGACGCAGAACCAGGGCUCUCAUUGGCUGCCUCUGGCUGGGUGCAGCCGUCAGCGCAGCGCCGGUGUUGGUCAUGGUUGGAGUGGAGGAAGUUGGGGGAGAGGAGCUAGUGCUCGGUGGAUGGAGGGAGGACGGUGGGUGGCGGGAAGGAGAACAGGGAGGCUUUAUGAGAGGUGGAGGGGAAAGAGGAAGUGGACACAUGGCCUUGAUGGAUGGAAGAUUGGAAGGAAUAAAGUGGAACGAAAAAGAGAAAAGAGGAUGUGGUGAAGGAGUUCAGGAGUUAAAAUGUUUUGGAGAGAAAGAAGAAAUUGGAGGACGAGAUGUGAGGAAACAAGGAGGUGGAGGAAAAGUGUUUGUUGAAAAACAAGCGGAUGAGGGAGAAAGUGAAGAAGAAGGGAAGAUGGAAGAUGAGGGGGAGCGGCAAAAUAAAAUGAAAGAAGAUGAGGGAGGAGGAAGGGAAGAAGGUGUUGAUGGAGGUCGCGGAGGAGAGAUUGACAACAGAGAGUGCCGCUGCACGCAAUAUGCCGUCUCCUCAGGCCUGUUGUCGGCCAUGAUGAUUCUCUCCAACUUGUACUUCCUGGUACCGCUCUGCAUCCUGGGACUGGUCUACAGCCUGAUUGGACGGACAUUGUGUCUCCGUCCACAAAGCAGUCGUAGAGACCAGAGUCACCGGCACACUGUCAAGAUGCUGGGAGUGAUCGUCUUGGCGUUUGUCCUGUGCUGGCUGCCCUUCCAUGUGGGUCGGACCAUUUUCUCUCUUUCUCUGGGCACCGGUUCAGACACACAGGAAACAUACACGGACACAAACUCACACUUAGACGUUACCAUGCUCUCUGACAUCAGCACAGACAGAAAUAUCAAUAUACGCACUGUUACUAAACCAGCUGGCCACUCAGACUCAGACACGCAUUUCAAAACCUCCCCCAAGACUGAAAAGAUGACUGCGCACGCUCACACAGAGGGAGAUGAAAUAUUGUGUGACAUCUGUACAAAGACCAAAGUCAAAAUCAACACACACAAUGAUGUGGACACAGAAACUGAGACACACACUGCCAUGGGCACACAAUCUGACAAACGCUUACAUUCUCAUGACAUAUCACACACCAGAGAGCAACACAUAACCACUGGCACGAGCACACAUAAUGUGGAUCCUAGCACUGAAAUGUAUACACAUUCUGAAACACACAAUGACACAACGCAUGUUAACACACAACUGGGCAGAUUUACAGAGAGCAGAAACACAAAUGAUCAAAUGCAUAACAGCACAAACACCACUACACAUCAUGACACACACAAAACGACACAUAUUAUUAAACAAGAAUCACAUUCACAGACUAGUUUCCAUACCGACAAAAGCACCAGCAGGCCGAGCAGUCCACACACACUCACUGACACGCAGAACAGCACAACCAUUUGCAUGAACUCACAACACGACACACCUAAACACACACCUGUGACACCCACAGACCUGUACGAUGAUAAUACACACUAUGACACACACGUCAAUAAUACACACGCACACCCUGACACACACUUGUAUUUUUUAUACUAUCUGUCUCAAUAUUUCAACCUGGUGUCCUCUGUCCUCUUCUACCUCAGUGCUGCUGUCAAUCCUUUACUGUACAACCUGAUGUCUGCCAGAUAUAGACACGCUGUGCACAGCCUCAUGCACACACACUCUCAAACACCGUCUCAACGCCUGCGCACAGUCACAGCACGGCACUCCACGACCACGUUGUAAGGGCAAAUACUGUAUGCGAAGAACUAGACGCACACGCUGCAUGCAAAAAGGGGAAACAAUCAAGCAAACACAUUGCGGUCACUGUUUAAACCUCAUCGCUUUUCAUUUAAACAAUGUCUUGGUACCUUGGUAAUGGCAAAAACUUUGUGGUCAUUGGUGGUACUGCAAAGGCCAUGACAAUAUCAAGAACCACAACUUAAUUAAAGGCUUUGAUGUAUAGAUGAAUAAACAGCAUUUUUAUUUUUCUCGAUUAAUUGAAGCUUUACAUCUGUAAAUCUUGGUGUUUUAGGGACACUCUUUUCUUUAUAUUUGGACCAUAGAUUUUGCCUUCAGAUCAAAGCAUCCAUUUUGACUUGUCAAACACAAUGCUAACUUUUUUGCUCCUAAAUAAAAAAAAAUCUAGGAGCACACAAAGAAAUGUAGGAGCACAGUCAAUGUGAAUGUUCAAGU